GCUCCGCCUCCUGUUACAGCCCGUCGGGGAACAAUGACGUCCCUCCGCCGGCCUCUUGCAUCCGGGGCCCGGCGCCGGCCGGGCAGGCGGGCGGGCGGGGGGAGGAGAGGAGGAGGCGGCGGCGGCGGCGGGGGGAGCAGCGAGCGCCUCCGGGUCACACGGGGACCGGCACCGCCCCUGUGCCGCGGCCGGGAGCCGCUAGAGGGGGCUCGGCGACCCCCGGCCCGGGCGCGGGGUUCCCGCGGGGCGCGGGCGGUGCCGGUGCCCGGGCGGAGGGGAGGGGACACUCCGCUCCCCGCCGCGGACCUGCCGUGCGAGCGGCUGCCCGCCCGUCCCCGCCUCCCCGCGCCGCAGUUCCCCCUUCUCCGGCUUGUCCCUCCGGUUCAUGUUUUAUCGCUCCGAGCUCAAAGAGCGGCCAUAAGGGCUGGCCCGGCCCCCUGGGCCGCCCCCGGGGAAGGCGGGCGGGCCCCGCCGCGCAGAGCGGAGGGCCCCGCGGUGCCCGGCAUGUGGCGGGGCGGGAGGGCCCCGGCUCUGCGGGCGCCGCCCGCCAUCGAGUUCCCUGAGGAGAGCCCGGAGCCGCGUUUUGAUGAGUCCGAUGUGCCGGCGGAGCUGCGAGUUGCAAACGGGUCGCAAAAGUUCAUGAAGUUCACUUCGACCAUCCAAAACCAGCUGCUGCUUGUGUCGCUGCUGGAGCACCUCUGCCACAUGUACACGCACAACCCCGUACAUUCGAGGUGUUUGUUCCGAAUACUUCGGCAGGCUUUCACAAGAACAGGGCUGCUCUCUCCUUUUGCCUUCUGUGAUGAAUUUAGUACUGUAAGACUGCAGCACAAUAGAGCCAUUACUGAGCUGAUGAAAGCAGCUAAUCAACAAAUACUUAACGGGGAACUGGAUAACAGAGAGCUUCAUGCAAUUGGGGAAAAAGAAGUUCACUUUGAAGCACAGACUUCACGAUACUUGAAUGAAUUUGAUGAGGUUGCAAGGCUGGGAAAAGGAGGAUAUGGCAAAGUAUACAAGGUCAGAAACAAGUUAGAUGGUCAGUUCUAUGCUAUUAAAAAAAUUAAAAUUAAGAAGGCUACAAGAAGAGAUUGCAUGAAGGUGCUACGAGAAGUUAAAGUGCUGGCUGGGCUGCAGCAUCCCAAUAUUGUAGGCUACCACACUGCUUGGAUGGAACAAGUCCAAACAGUACAUCCAAAAGCUAAAACAAUAAUGGAGUUGGUGCCGUUAUCCUUGGAGCAAGAGAGUGGCAAUGAUCACUGUCACAUUCAGAGUGUGGAAAGUGACAGUUCAAUAAUCUUUGCUGACCUUACUUCACAAGAAGAGAAGUCCUGUGACAGUACCAGUCUCAGAAAUCUGGGGAGGGAAUCGGUGCAAAAUAUAGAUGAAAGGAAUGAUUUUACAAACAGCAACAGUAAAGAGUCUGUGAAACCAAAGAAAUGUGAAUUUUCCAUAGAAUUACCAGAGGACUCUGUAAAUAAUGUUAGCAGUAUCUCAAGUGAUGUGAAAAAUCAUUCCACACGGGGACCUCAUUCCAGUGUGGAUCAAGAUGCUGGCACGGAAAAUCAGUCCUGCACUGAGGAAUGCUCCAAGAAUGAUGUAGCUCUCUGUGGAGAAUUUGAGGUGGAGUAUGGUUUGAUGCUUUAUAUACAAAUGCAGUUGUGUGAACUGUCCUUGUGGGAUUGGAUUGUUGACCGUAAUAAAAGAUGCAACAAGAGAACAGAGGAAAAUUCCAGUCCAUACCAGCUCGUGGAUGUCCCCUGGACAAUGAAAAUUUUUCAACAGUUAGUAGAAGGAGUUUGCUACAUCCACAGCAUGGGGGUGAUGCAUCGAGACAUUAAACCCAGAAAUAUCUUUCUACAUGGAUCAGAUCAUCAGGUAAAAAUAGGUGACUUUGGAUUAGCCUGCAAAGACCUCCUUUGGGAUGAUGCAGACCAGUGGUUUCAUCAGACAGAAAGGGUAAAUGGACUGACACACACUUCAGGAGUGGGGACUUGCCUCUAUGCCUCACCAGAACAACUGCAGGGAUCUCACUAUGAUUUCAAGUCAGACAUGUACAGCAUGGGUGUUAUCCUGCUAGAACUCUUCCAGCCAUUUGGAACAGAAAUGGAAAGAACAGUUGUUCUUACACAUUUAAGGACUGGCCAAAUUCCUCAGACUUUCUCCAAGCAGUGGCCCACUCAAGCCAAGUACGUGGAACUCCUCACCAGUCAGAGCUCCACAGACAGACCAACUGCUGCUCAGCUUCGGGACAGUGAACUGUUCCACACCACAGAUCACGUUAUUUCUAACCUACAACAGAAGGUGCGACAGCAAGAGGAAGAAAUAGAGAAGCUGAGGGAGAGAAUAAGACUCCUUUCUGAAGAGCAAGAUGAACACAUGAGACUAGGCUCUCCUGUUUAAGUACAGGAAGAACUAAUCUAUUGUAUAUUGCUAAGUUAAAUAAAAUGUUUCUUUUUUACAUAAAA